AUGGCCGGAGUACUACGCUGGUACCAAGCCAAACUCGCAUCCCGCCCUGUCUUCACUCAAGCCGUCAGCACCGCCGUCCUCUUUGCAACCGGCGAUGUCCUCGCCCAACAAGUCGUGGAAAAGCGCGGCUUCUCCGAACACACUCUCGAACGUACCGGCCGCAUGGCGCUCUACGGCGGCUGCGUCUUCGGCCCCGGCGCCACACUCUGGUACCAGUUCCUUCAGCGCAAGAUAGUACUGCCCGGAAAGCCGAACCUCGAGAUUCUGGCGCGUGUCGCGACGGAUCAGACAGUGUUUGCUAGUACCAACCUGUUCCUCUUUCUGAGCAGCAUGGCCAUUAUGGAGGGCAGCGAUCCGAAGGCGAAACUCGAGGCGAGCUAUUGGGAGGCGCUGAAGAAGAAUUGGAUGGUAUGGCCGGGCGCGCAGUUCGUCAACUUCAAGUAUGUGCCGCUGGAGUACAGAGUCUUGGUUGUGAACGGAAUCUCGAUCGGUGAGUUGAGCGUUGAGAAGUUCUAUCUGCGGAAGGAGUUCGUAACUCACAUGAACAUGCAGGCUGGAACUGCUACCUCAGCUUCCUCAACAGCGGAGGUGGUGGUGACGUGA